AUGGCUCAUUCUAUUUGGACCGAUUUAUGCAAACAGCCCACUCAGGCAGUGUCAACUGAAAAGUAUGCAGCGAUUGUCUACGAUGCAACCACCCAACUCCAUCAACCCAUUCACUCCAUGUUGACAACUCUGGAUCGGCGCGCCAUGGCAUUGUCAAAGCUUGCCAACUUUGAAUCAGCUCUUCGUGACGCCAACGUUAUGCAACAAAUCUCGCCCUCUUCACCACUUGGGUAUGUUCGUGCAGCCGACAUCUACAGUGAGCAAGGAAAACAGCGCCAUGUCAUUGAUGUUUGCACAAGAGGGAUGAUGAUGGUGGAUCGUGAUGAUAUGCACUAUGAUCUAUUGCAGCGAGCCAAAGACAAUGCUAUACAACGGCAGGAUAAACGCAUUGACUUUAUCAGCGAGCUUCCUAUUGACAUUGUUGCGACAACCUUUUUGCCCAUGAUUGCUGGUGAUUCUCCUUUGGAUUCAUUGAAACCAUGUCCCUAUUUGCAUGUGUCCAAUGCAUGGCGUAAUUACUUUUUGCGAUAUUCAGAUGGAUUGCGUUUCGAGACUGGGGACGAGGAAGAAGAGGAAGAUCUGGAAAAGUGUACCCAAUUAGUGAGGUUUGCUCGACACAUCAAGGCGUUGCAUGUUGGUCGAUAUUCGAAAGGAACCUGGCUAUCGGAUUUAUUACGAGAGAAUGAUUUUUCUUCGCUGCGGGAGUUGUACGUUGAUGAAAUGGGAGUUGACUAUAUGGAUCGCUUUGUUUCGUCGUUGCGAUCAAUCGAAUGUACCCAUGACACCAUGGCCAAACAUGACGACAUUAUCGCUCUUCUGCCAACCAGAAAGACUUCUUCCACAUGA